CAGCCAACCUUGUCUUUGUCUCCAUGAUCACACGUGGAGUUAAUAACGUUGUAUUCAAUCAACCUAACCAUUGUCUUUCUCUUUCUUUUUUUUGGUUACACCAUUGUCUUUCUCUUUCCGAAUCAACAACUUUGUUUUUCCGAGGAAAAGCCUCUAUUAUUACAGUAUGUAACUCGAUUUCUCAAAAUCAUAACCCUAGCCCUAAUGGAAUCCAUAGGCGUUCUCCUUGUAGCUCAAGUAAUCCCAUACUUAGAACAAGAACUCAACAAACGCUACAAUCUUUAUCGCAUAUGGGAUUUCCCACAAAAAUCACAAUUCUUAAUUCAACACGGCGCGUCGAUCCGUGCGGUGGUCGGAAGAUCAACAGCCGGCGCAGAUUCCGAACUCAUUGAUGCAUUGCCGAAGCUGGAAAUAAUUUCAAGCUCCAGCGUUGGUGUUGAUCAGAUCGAUGUUAAGAAAUGUAAAGAAAGAGGGAUUCGUGUGACGAUUACUCCAGAUGUUUUGACAGAUGAAGUUGCUGAUUUGGCUAUUGGUUUGAUUCUUUCACUUCUUAGAAGGAUUUCGGAAUGUGAUCGAUUUGUUAGGAAUGGGAAUUGGAAACAUCAAUUGACCACUAAGUUCUCUGGGAAAACCGUUGGCAUUGUUGGGCUGGGCAGGAUUGGCACAGCAAUUGCCAAGAGAGCUGAAGGUUUUAAUUGUUCAAUAUGCUACUAUUCUAGAACUCAAAAGCAGGAGUCAAAAUACAAGUACUAUCCAAAUGUUGUUGAGUUAGCAUCCAACUGCGACAUACUAGUUGUUGCCUGCUCACUUACAGAGGAAACCCAUCACAUCAUCAACCGGGAGGUCAUCAAUGCACUUGGUCCGAAAGGUUUCCUUAUUAACAUCGGCCGAGGUAAGCAUGUUGAUGAGCCAGAGCUGGUCUCUGCACUCCUUGAAGGUCGUUUGGGUGGAGCUGGACUCGAUGUGUUUGAAAACGAGCCUCAUGUUCCUGAAGAGCUACUUUCGCUAGAAAAUGUUGUCUUGUUGCCUCAUUGUGGAAGUGGCACGAUAGAAACUCGAACUGCCAUGGCUGACCUUGUUCUUGGAAACUUGGAGGCCCAUUUCCUUGGAAAACCACUGUUAACUCCCUUGGUUUAAUUUACAUGCCUCUAUUGAACUAUCUACAUAAGAUUGAUUAGCCAUUGACGUAGAAUUUGAUGAAAUGGCCUCCAUUUACAUCAUCAAUUAAUGAUUCCUGUGAUGUGAAUUGAUUAUUGUGAGAGUGUUAGGGUUAUAGAAUAAAAGGAAAUUAAAUUAUUUAAAGUAGUUAUGAGUUGUUAUAGUAAUUAGUUAGUUAGUUUGUUAGGUAGCUGUUAAGCCUAUUAGCAAGUCUUUAUAUAGCCUUCAUUUGGUAGAGGGUAGUAUCUUUUAAUAUUGUAAUAGUGAAUAGUAGAGUAUUCUCUAUUGUCAAGGGGAAACCCUUGAGGAGAGAUUCUCUCUUAUUCCAUCAUAUUUCUUAAAUAAAGUGUUCUUUCUUUUGAAUUCAA